AUGCCAACCUCUGGUCGCAUGACCGAGCCGCGAAACUAUGCACCCCGCACAUCCGGUUUGCCCAUGUCCAGCGAGCCGCCACCCAAGUUCAAUCUGGAGCUGCCCACAGUUUCGCAGAAUGAGCAGGAGACGUUGCUGCCGUCGCCAGAGGCCUUUGAGUACCAGCUUGGCGCUUUGGUUCAGCAGACUCUGCCGGCCCAGCAGAGCCUUGCCGUGUACCAGCCGCCGGCCGAGGUCUACGAUGGGCGCUCCGAGAAGCUCAAGGCGCUGACGAACCCAGCCUGGGGCAAUUCCAAGCUCGCUUCUGUUCUUGACCCGAGCAACAUGCCGUUUGUCGAGGCCGCUAAGCAGGCUCAGCCCAAAAACUAUGGCGUUGUUCGCCUUGGUAACAUUCCAUUUGCCACCAAGCGCUCCGAGGUGAUUGCUUUUCUCGGCCGCAACUCCAAGAUCUUGAACGAUGUCGAAGAGCCCGUUCACAUCAUCAUGGAAAAAGUCACCAGCAAGACCAUGGAUGCCUACGUCGAGUUUAUGACUCUCGAGGAUGCCAUGCGUGCUGUGGAGAAGCACACCCAAAACCAGCUCUCCGGCCGGCCGACGCGUUUGGGCGACCGUCCUGUGGACUUGCAGCUUUCCAGCCAGGCAAGCCUCAUGAAGGACUUGUUCCCCGUCGCGGCCGGCGUCGUCUGGAAGGGAGUGACCCCCGAGAUCCAGCCCGUGAAGCCCAACGAGCCUUGGUCCAACUUCAAGGGUUUCAUUUCCGCCGAGGAGAUGGUCAUGCUCGUGAAGCAUGUCGAGGUUCCCCACCGAUCGCCUUUUUCCAAGGAAUGCCCCCAGCGUCCCUAUGAGUGCCUCAUCAGCACGCUGCGCAAGUUUCCGUGGUACAUGACCGAGUGCAUCACGGUCGGCCAGCGCAAUGCCAUGUUUCAGACCACGCGCGACCUGCUGCGACUGUUGCUCAAGAGCCUUGACAAAGGGGACGACACUGUCACGCUCAACAAGCAGCUGCUGCGCCGCGUGGCCAAGGCUGCCAUGGAGUGCCCUGGCUUCACCACCCUGAUGAAGGAUGACAUUGCCUGGAUCGUGGGCAUGGACGAUGGCGAGCAACGCUCCUACGGCCAGCCAAGGUUCGCGAGCAGCUGGCGCCACCAGUAUGCUCUGGUCCCCAAGCCCAGCAUGCCGCUGGACGUGGUCGAGUGGUACAUUACUGCAAUUCGGGAACAGACGAUGAGAGACGUGUUUGCACGCCCCCACGGCGAGCGGCGCGUCAUUCAGGACAAGGCCCUGUCCACUGACGGAUACUGGGGCUACUUUUGGGUCGAGGUCGAUUACCCUACCGGUGCUGCUUUUGACAACAUGAUGCUUGCGCACGCUGCGCAGGUUGAGUUUUCAGCGAUCGAGGCCAUUCUUGCUCGUGCUUCUGGUUUCAUGUGA